AUGGCUUCAGGGAAAGACACUUGUCCUAUCUUACCUAAGCUUGCCAACAGUUGCUGUGAAGAGAGUUCAUACAAGCCUUCUCAUAAGUGUAAUGAGGUUCAUUUGCCACGGUUUUCAUUAAAGCAAGGGAUGAUCCCAAGACAUUACGUUAUGCCUUGGAAAGAAAACAUGAAAUUCAGGAAUGUGAAUCUGAAGCACGCAGAAGUGUGUGGGAUCCACGCUGGUCCUCUAGAAGACACUCUGUUUUUGAAUCACAGUGAAAGGCUCUGCCAUGGGGAAGAUCGGGCAGUUGUCUUGAAGAAAGGCCCACCAGAAAUAAAAAUCGCAGAUAUGCCUCUGCAUUCCCCACUCUCCAGAUACCAAAGCACUGUGAUCUCCCACGGCUUCAGGAGGAGACUGGUCUAA